UCUACCGAUGUAUUUUCUUCACAGUUUUCAUUGGAGACAUUGAAAUAGCAUGACAUCGUACGUAGUCACUAUUGCCAUUGUGACAUUUCUUUUCUUCAAUGUCGUCAAUACUCAAGAAGAUGAUGGAAGACGUCCUGAAAAUGGAGGGAGACGUCGAGGUAAAGGACCGUGGAUGAUUUGUUGUAAAGAAGCGAAAGAAGCAGGAGAAACCGGAAAUUUUAAAGACGCUUACAUGGAUUGUUUUAUAAAGAUGAAUGAAAGAUGCGGAAUAACUAGAGAAGAAAUAGAAGAUGUACUUUCUAAGUCGGAGGAGCUUGCUUCUGGUAACUGCCCAAAACCUGAAGAUCUACGUCCAAUAUUUAAAAAAUGCCACGAAAAAAUGAUGGAAAUUAAGGGUGAAAAAAUUAAUCAAUGCUGUCAAGAUGCAAGUAAAGUAACUGAUGAGGAAAAGUGGGAAAAAUUUAAAAAUUGUAUGAAGGAUAAAAACAAACGUGAAGGGGAAAAUCAGCCAGGCAAAAAAUGUGAGAAUCAUCGAAAACCGUUCGAGGAGAUAAAAUCAUUUGUGAUGAAGGGAGAAUGUGAGGAGGCAGUAAACGAGUUUAAGAGAAGGAUUAGCCAGUGGGGAAAAGGAAGAAAGCCUGAAAAAGGGCCUUCAGGUACAGAAGAAUCUACAGAGUAAUUACAAAUAUAUGUAAUCAUACAUGUUUUCCAAUCAAAUAUGAAACUGUUGUAA